UUGGGGGGGGGUCUCUUAUCUUAUCUCUCUCCUCUUCUUUCCUCCAAUCCCUGAUUCUUCUAAAAGAAUAGAAGGGAAUAUAAAAUCGGGGCUUCCCUAAGACAAUUAGAUGGGGUAAUUCAACAGUUUGAGUUCAGUGCUCUCAUUAAGUCCUUGUUUCCAGGGCCUUAUAGGAUCUCUUGCUAACUCAAGGGUUUUUCCUUAUUUGGUAGGAACUUGGGCUGUCCUUGGAGCAAGGAGUUUUCCAAGAACAGGCAUGACUCAGUGAUGCUAGAAACUCCAAGCACAAAGGCUGGAUAAAAUAGCUAUAAAUAGCUACCAUCCAAAUUUCCAUGACAGUAAAAGGUGAUCUCCAAAAUGUCUUCUCUCAAAUGUCUCUUCACUUUUUAACUUCAAAGUCAACAUUUCCUCAGAAUCUUGGGAAAUUUGAGACCUGUAAUAAUCAGGAAAUGGAAAUGUUCUUUGGUCUGAAACCUCAAAAUAAUGGUGGGGUGGAGUGGGUUUGAGUCCCUCACAUGAGUCUGAUUCCCCCAUAAAUUUCUGCCUCUUUCUCUCAUGAGAAAAGGAAGUUUAUCUUUUGAGUACUCUUUAGGCAGACGAUAGCCAUUUUCUCAGGCUAUGUGUAAUUUAGUUGUCAAGCUCCAUUUAGCUUGCCUCCAUAAUUUCACAGAAUUUUGCUUAGGAAUCUACACUAUGUAAAUAUGUUUGAUCAAAGUAUUUGAACUAAAUGAACAGAUUGGAACUCUCUGUAUUGAUCGUCACUGAGUCUUUAUGAUACGCAGAAUAUCAAGAAAUGGAGGUGGAUUUAGAUAGCAUUUCAGCCCUGGGCAAUCUUUAUAUACAAACAUGACAGCAGAUACUAAAUGGUUAUGAUUGAUGCUUGAUUUUCUUCAGAAAACUCUGUCCACAUCUCCUGUUCACUUUCUGUCUCAACAUGGGACUUUAGCCAACGCUAUUGGAUAUGGUACUAUCUAAUGUCCUUGCAAAUAAACACUCCUGUCCCAAAGUUAUGGACACCAAUCCCAUUCCUUUGCCCUACAUUGCAAUCCUGUUGUGUAAGGCCCUAUAGAUCUCCUGUUACAUUAGAGCAGGCAUGGGACCAAAAACAAAUGGAGGGGAGGGGGAGAGAGAGUCUGCUUAGAUCUCUUGGAAAUAAAUGGCUGGUCAGCUGGGAAUGCCUGUCAGGCAUCCAAGGUGGUUUCUUCUCCCCCUGGGUUCCAUUGCAGUACUAGAGGUGGGUGACUCAUUAGUGUUCCCUCCAUCCCACCCCACCCCCAAAUGCUGGGACUUUUUUGUAGGCCUGUCCUCUGCCUAAUCCCCCAGAUUCUUUAUAUAGGAAAUGAAUCUCCCUUGUCACAGUGGGCAAGCCAGCAGGGAGUCGGGGGGCAUUUAUCUUUCCGCUGAGGUCUAGGGUUGCAUUGCUGUGACUUUUAGCACUCAGCAACAUGUGUGGAUGAGAUCUCUGUUCAGCUACAAGGCCAGUGUCGAGGUCAGCUUGGCAGCUUCCUUCUAAACUAGCCGUCUGUCUGCAGACGCUUUUCCAGAUUUAGGGCAGGAGCUGGUGAAUUGAGGAUCAGGAUGGCUGAACAAGAAACCAGUGGCUUGCAAGUCCUUCUCUCCACCCUUCAGAGCUCUUCUGAUAGAGAAUCAAUUCGGAAUAUCCUCCAGGUCCUCACUGAGCUGCUUUCUGCUGGCACAGAUCGAAGGAUCCACUACAUGAUUAGUAAGGGAGGCAGUGAAGCCCUACUCCAGACCUUGGUGGACUCUGCUCGGACACCUUCCCCAGACUACAACAUUCUCUUGCCUCUGAUUAGGCUGCUGGUCAAGGUUGGCCAGAGAGACAAAAAGUUUGGACAGAAAGCUCUGGAGUUGGAGGCACUUGAUGUAACAUUGAUUUUGGCCAGGAAAAAUCUGUCUCACAACCAGAAUCUUAUCCAUUGUCUCUGGGCUCUGCAGGUUUUUGCCUCAAGAGUCACAACUGGAGCCAUGCUGGGGAUUAAUGGAGCAAUGGAGCUGCUAUUCAAAGUUAUCACCCCUUACUCUAGGAAACGCACCAGGAUUAUCAGGGCUGCCACGGAAGUUCUUGCAGUAUUGCUGAAAUCCAAGUCAAACAGCAGGAGGGCUGUGAACAGAGGCUAUCUCAAUGGAUUGCUUAGACUACACCAGGACUGGCAAAGCCAUGAUAUUUCCAAUGAUUUCAUCCAAAUCCGAAGGUCUCUCCUACUCUGCCUCAAACAUAUAACCAAUAUCCAGUCUGGCAGAGAAGCCUUCCUUGGGGCACAGGGGAUGGAGAUCCUCUUUACUACCACACAGAAGUACCUGGGAAAUCAAAGCAUGGAUGCCAUCCUUUCAAUAGUAAUUCAGAUUCUGAGGAAAUGCUAUCCCAAAUGCUCACUGCCCUUGGCCACAGCAAGUAGCUACUAUUCCUUCUCUGUUCCUGGAAGCAUCAGUUCUGGACCACCAUGUAUUAUAAAUGAAGAUGAUUUUGAAGAGGAUGGUGAGGAAGAGGAGGACCAAGAUUCAGAUUCUGAAGAAACAAAAGAGGAAGACGAUGACUUGGAAACAGAUUUAAAAAAACUAACCUCAAAGCCAGAGCUCGCCUGGACAGAAGAGGAGAUGAAACAGUAUGAAGCAAUGUGUCUUGAACUCUCCCAUAAUUUUCAGGAACUAGAGUUCAAAUCUGGAGAUGAGAUGAGCUCUGAAGAAGACAGAGGAAUCCAUCAGUACACCAACUUUUGCCACAUUCCUAUUCCAACUUCCUCAAAGGGGCAUUGCCAAGAGGGGGACAAAAGUCCCCAGGGCCUAGAAAGAGAAGACACAAAUUCCCAGGACCCUCCUUUGAAACAGAUGAAAAUAAUGAAGUCCACUGGAGAUGUAAUUCAUGAAGAGAAGAUUUCUGGAAAAUUAGGCCCAUAUUUAGUAUCAAAUGAUCAGGAAGAACAUUCCUCCAGAAGGGAAGAACUUAACUCCCAGGCAGCCUUCAAAGAGCCUCCCUGGGAUAUAGAAAUGAGCUCCUGUAUAUAUGAGAAUACUUUCCUUUCUAGCUCUACCAGGACUGAUGAAACCUCAGUAACUAUGUCUAAGCUUCUGGAGAGCUAUUCAAUGGAUGUGCCCUUCCACAAUCCCUAUACUUAUAUAACCAAAUCUGAAAGAACCAAAUCAGUGCCAGGCUUCAAAGUGUUAGCAUUUCCAGAUUUCUGGGGUCACCACUCACCACCCACUUCCCAGUCCAUGUUGGAACGUAAACAUGGAGUUCAAAGGGCAAAAAUAUUUGAAGAUAUCCAGCGGUUUAUCCAGCCAGACAAGGUGAUGAGCAGAGUUGUCUUCAGUUUAGAUGAGCCUUGGCUCUUGCAGACUACAGAUGCAACUGAAUGCUUGAAGUUCUUUUCUGCAUUUGAGUCAGGAAACUUGCGUAAGGCCAUCCAAGUAAGAGAGUUUGAGUAUGAUUUAUUGAUUAAUGCUGAUGUGAACUGCACCCAGCACCAGCAGUGGUUCUACUUCAAGGUGAGCAGCAUGAAGGCUGCUAUGCCCUACCGCUUCAAUGUCAUCAAUUGUGAGAAGGUCAACAGCCAGUUCAAUUACGGGAUGCAGCCGACCAUGUAUUCAGUGAAGGAGGCUCUCCGGGGCAGGCCUCAUUGGGUUCGGGUGGGCUAUGAUAUCUGUUAUUACAAAAAUCAUUAUCGCCAGAAUUCAGCUGCUGUGGGAUCUCAGGGAAAAUGCCAUUAUACACUCACCUUCUCUGUCACAUUUCCUCAUAAUGAAGAUGUCUGCUACCUGGCUUACCAUUACCCAUACACCUAUACAGCUCUGAUGACUCACCUUGACCUCCUGGAAAAAAGUGUCAACCAUAAGAAAGUCUAUUUCCAGCACCAAGUACUCUGCCAGACUUUGGGAGGAAACCCAUGUCCACUGGUGACCAUCACAGCAAUGCCUGAAUCUAAUAGCAGUGACCAUCUGCAGCAGCUCCGGCAACGUCCAUAUCAGGUGAUUGUGGCCCGAGUUCAUCCAGGAGAGAGCAAUGCCAGCUGGGUAAUGAAGGGGACCUUGGAGUUCCUUGUAAGCAGUGACCCCAUUGCUGGGCUCCUGAGGGAAAGCUUUAUUUUCAAGAUCAUCCCAAUGCUAAACCCAGAUGGCGUCAUCAAUGGCAAUCACAGGUGUUCCCUGAGAGGGGAGGAUCUCAACAGACAAUGGCUUUCUCCCAGUUCUCAACACCAGCCAACUAUCUACCAUACGAAAGGCCUCUUACACUAUUUGAAUAGCAUUGGUCGGACCCCAGUGGUCUUCUGUGAUUUUCAUGGACAUUCUCAGAAGAAGAAUGUGUUUCUCUAUGGCUGCAGCAUCAAGGAGACCUUGUGGCAAGCAGGUUGCACUGUGGACACUUCCAUUUUCACUGAGGAUGUUGGCUAUAGGACACUUCCCAAAAUCCUUGAUAAGGUUGCCCCUGCAUUUGCAAUCAGCAGCUGCAGUUUCCUGGUGGAGAAAUCUAGGGCUUCAACUGCUCGGGUUGUUGUGUGGAGAGAAAUUGGGGUUUUGAAGAGCUAUACCAUGGAAAGCAGUUACUGUGGUUGUAAUCAAGGACCUUAUAAAGGCCUGCAGAUGGGAACACGUGAACUGGAAGAGAUGGGAGCUACAUUCUGCCUGGGCCUUCUCAUUCUGCAGCUCAAAUCAUUAACCUGCAGUUCCCAGUUCGUGGCACAAGCUUCUGCCCUGCUAGGUUCCAGGGAGGAUAUUCUGGGACACCAGUUUCAUAGAAGGAGCAGCAGUGGCAGCAGCACUGAUUUGGAACUGGAUGAUGAGCCUCCCUGUAUGGAAGAGAUUGAUUAUAGCACAGACUCUUCUUCAGAAGGAGAAAGAGACAUUUCUGAACUUGACAGACAGAUCCAAGAGAUGACCUUGGCAGAAGCUGUAGGAGAUGAAGAAGAAAAUGGUAUAGAUAACAGGGCACAGAGUAGCCCUGAGAUUUGUGGCUCCAAACACUGGACAAACAGAGCUUCCCCUUGACAGUCAGAGAGUCAGAGUCAACUGAGGAAUUAACAGAAGGGAAAAUAUAGGCCAAUGCAAAUGCUGAAUGGAAAGUGUUUUCUAGGUUCCACUCUAAUUCUACAUGUAUUUCCUGAUCUACCAUGCAAAUAGAUUGAAAAAAAAUACACAAAUAUCUACUAUCAAAUACACCCACUCUUUCAGAAUAUAAAGGUAUAAUUAUUUUGACAGUGAAUUAAAUAUUUUAAGAUUUUGUUUAGAUUUAAAAUCAGUUUAAUUUUAGCAGAAGUUUAUAUGUAUAGACACAUAUUUGAAGAUAGUCAUCAGACAACUCUGAGAUCACAGAUUUCCUGAAAGGUGAGUUCACACUUCAUUCAUUGACUGACUAGAUCAUAUCAUUUUUAUGGUGAUAGUGGGUUCUUAGAUACCCUAAGAGAAUUUUUCAUUCAAAUCUAGAACUUCAUUUUUCGGGUGGCCAUGAAUCCCUUAAAUUCUUCUUCAGCCUAGGCCCAAAGUAGUAGAAGCAGAGGGAUAACUGAAAAGUUGACUUCUUUUUUUGGUUCUCGCUUUCUCAGCCAUAAUUCUAAGAAAGUUUGAAGAAUACCUCCCAAACUGACUUGUAUUAGAUUAUUUAGUAUUACAUAUAUUCUCAAGUGUCCUGCAUCUUUUCCUUUGCUAAUUUACUUUUGUUAACCACUAUACAAAUCAUGAGCCACACUGCAACAGACCUACCAAUGCCUUUGGUCAAUGGGUAUGAAAAUUCAUCAACCAGAAAUAUAUUGAAUUAUUCUUCCCACUUUAUAUAACUCCUGGAGAAAUUUAUUCAGAAAAUUAGGAAUGCCACAGAGAGACUGCAGGUAAUAGUAGGUCUUCAGAAAUUGUUCUCUAACAGGGUCCCAGAAAUAAUUAAGGGACACAUUAAAACUUAGGAAGAACAGGUUAUGCUUCUUUCCUUCCAUCAUUGUUACUAGUUAAAUGAGUCGUGGUAGUAAUUAAUCGUUCAGCUAUCCAGUCUAAGGCUGAUUAAUUGCUCAGCCAUACAGUGUCAUGGAGAAAGAAUCUGCUUCAAUGACCAAUUAGAAAUAUACAGAAUAAAAGUUUACACAUUGUGCCAUGGCAGCUGGCUAUGUACUGUGAUUUGAUAGAUCAAAAAGACCAUUUUGCUUAUAACCAUACAUAGCUUCCCCAAUUUUAAUGUGUUUUUUAAAUUUUAAUGUGCUCUUUUAUAUUAAGAACUUGAAAGCCCCAGUAAAGUCAAAAAAAAAAAGUCUAUGAGCAAUGGAACCAAACUACCAUAAUUCAUUUAACACCUGAGCCCAAUUAAUUUCUCCAAUAAGUUUCUAGUCAUUUAGGACUCCAAAGGAAAGGAACUGAGAGUAGCUAGCCUUUACUUGAGAAAAGAGGUAAAAUGAACUUUGUAGUGUUGAGAAUCGACCUAGAGGUAAUGUUUCAGGGCACAGUGAAACAGGGAACCAUUGGAUAACAGUGGCAGAUGGCAGCAAGAAGAUUCUGAGGGAACAGAGUUGGAGACUCCAAACUUCCUGAAUGGCAAGGUCACACUUCACUAGUUAGCUGACUAGACCAUUUCCUGUGUGGGAAAACAAUUCACUAUGUUCAAUAACAACACAAUCAGGUCAAUUCCAGAUCCUCAGAAACAGCUGUCUAGUAAACUCAGACAGCUUUCUUCCUGGCCAAACCACGAUGGUGAAUUGGUCUGGAAGGCAUGCUUUGUGGCCCUCACAGCUAAAUGAAAUCACUAAAGAAUGCCAGGGAGCCCUAGAUAAAAAUGAAAUACAGAUGUGGUUUAAAAAGAAAUCAAAGGUGACUAGCUUUGAACAAAUUCCCACCAGGGUAUAUAUAUAUAAGGUUCUUAUUUCAGAUGUCUUUUUUCUUGAUCAAGUAUUUAAAUGAGAUGAAGAAUCCUUCCUUCAUAAUUAGUAUAUUUUAUGAUGUAGAACCAUAAUCCAGAGGGCAGGGUAUGACUUGUUGCCAAGAUGAAGUUGCAUGCUGGCAAAUGUUUAACAAUAAACUCGCUAGGAGAUGGGGCAGAAAAUGUGUUCAUGGCACACUUUUAAGUUUAAUAUGCAUUUUAAAAAUCUAGACAAAUAACAAAACAGUGAAUACAGCCCUAGUUUCUAGUGAUUGCUAAUCUCUACACUGUAAGGGUUCCCUCUGGAAUGUUAACAACCAACUCUCAUGAGCUGGAGCCUUGGUUCUGCCUUUAUGGGCUUCUUGCCCUAUUCCUCACAUUCAGGUUUUUUAGCUCAUAUGAAAGUUGGGAACUAUGCAUCCUAUCAGUCUUUGCUUCUUUCAAAGACUCAAUUUGUAGUCUUGAGUCCUAGAAUUUAGAAUCAUGAUACUCUCCUGGAACCUGAAAACCCUAUUUAGCAACCCUCUUGUUUCUAAUUCCAGAAUUUGUAGAGACGUUUGUGUUGAUUUCACUCAAUAGUUAACUGGAACAUGUGCAAUUGUAAUUUCUUAUACUAACUGAUCCCAUGUUGAUUCCCAGUGUGUUGUGGGCCUAAAAGGCAAUAGAAUGGUUUUUAUCAUUUUUGUGUUGUGGAAAUGGUGAAAGAAAUCAAUGCAAAUAAAGGAAAUAAUCUG